GCGCCUUUUGAUAGCCGAGUAUGGAAAACUCUCCCGCCCGCGCCAUGCGGCCUGAAGCGAAGCAAAAGAUCCAGACACUUUUUGAGAAGUUCGACACUUCGGGCGAUGGGGUCCUGAGCGAGGAGGAGAUGGGACAGCUGUUCCGGGCUUUGCACUUCAAGAAGGGGUUCGAGCUCAUGAAGCAGGCAGACGCCAACAAGGACGGGGUCAUCCAGGUGCAUGAGUUCAUCUCCUGGCUGUUUGAACAAAAGCCGCGGUGGAAGCUCGAAACCAUCGUUGAAGGGGAUGAGAAGAGAAUGCAAGCGACUUUUUUCAACGACUUCAAAGAGACCAAGUUCUUUGCCAUCUUUGCCUCUGGCACCAAUGUGGAGCCCUGGGACACUCUUCCAGCAACCUGCGUGGUGCCUGCAGGAGAGUCGAGGACUAUCAACUUCCUCAGGGGGAAGCUGAACAGCAAAUAUUGCUACCGAGUGCGCUUUCGGAGCCACUGCCCCGACGCACAGGAUGAGAUGAGCUUCGUGGACAGCGAGUUCCCCCCCGAGGACAAGAGCGUGGACCCCACCGGGGAGUUCAAGAUCCGGAAGCCCGAGCUCUGGGUGCGGGCUCGCUACGCUUGCAGCAGUGAGGCGUGUCUCUUCGAUCAGAUCUGCCCACAGGAUGUCAAGCAGGGAAAGCUCGGAGACUGCUGGCUCAUGGGAUCCCUGGGCGCUCUGGCGCAAUAUCCUCAGCGGAUUAAGAGCCUCUUCGACACCAACCAACUGACGGAAGAUGGGAAGUAUGGCGUGUGGCUCUUUGACUUGGCCACGGACAAGUGGACGAAGUAUCUGAUCGACGAGCUCUUGCCAUGCUACAAAGACAGGGACGGGUUUCCCAUCGUCACCUUUGCGCGGCCGCUGGCCAAUGAAGUCUGGGUCUCGCUGCUGGAGAAGGCUGUGGCCAAGUACUGCGGGGGCUACCGCCACCUGGUGGGGGGCCAGCCCGCCUUUGCCUUCCGCCUCUUCACCGGGGAGCAGGGCAUCUCCUACGUGAUGCGGGAUGACGGCACCUUCCGGCGGCGCCGCAUGAACCCCAAGGAGAACCCCUACCGCCCCAGGCCGAAGUGGAUUUGGCGGAAAGGAAAGUUCUUGUCACCGGAGGAGUUUUUUGAGUCGCUCUGCGAGCAUGCGAGCAACAAGCAUGUGCUCACCUGCAGCGCGGCAGUGAAGAAGGGCCGAAACAAGUCGGAGUGGAAGGAGAAGGGGCUGGUGACCUACCACAUCUACUCCAUCCUGCGGGUGCUGAAGGAGAAACUGGACGAUGGGACCCCCAUCAGGCUCGUCGAGGCGCGAAAUCCAUGGGCCUGGGGCGAGUGGAAGGGCGACUGGUGCGACAGCGGCAGCAAGAAGGGCGAGUCGGGGAAGUGGGCGGAGAACCCACAGCUGCGGGAGCGCGUGCUCGGCAAAGGAGGAGCAGAUGGCGCCUUCUUCAUGUGUUUCGAGGAUUGGGUGCACUACUUCACGAACGUCAGCGUUUGCCCGGUGGGCACAGCGCCCAUUGAGGAGGAUGGCGAGAUGGAGGAGGGCUCAGAUGAGGAGGAUGAGUAUGAGGAUGUGGAUGAUGGGCCUUGAAGUUCUGGCUUGAAACAAACGAGCUGCUCCGAGAAAAGAAGGCGAACUUGGUGCUUCUUGGUCAUUCCGAUCCACCUGCACAAUGUUCAAGCGUCAGCCAGCCAUCCACUGGUGGUUUGCGAGUUCGGGUGGAUCAUGCUCCAUCGGACACAAAUAAAACUGGCAGACUUGGUGAACCCCCAAGCACCAAAUUGCUAAGACAAGCUGAACAUAGACGCAAACCGGCCAUGAAGCCCAUGGCUCACCGGUCUAUUCUUCAGUGAGUUGUUGGUCGAGUUUCAUGAAGCCAAGGUGCAGCCGAUCCUAAGGAUCAGCUGGCCAGGCAUGCGCCUGUAGACUGCGC